GAUGUAAGUGGCCCUACUUUCAGUUUGGAUGUUUUCUUGAAAACGUGCAUCAACAAAUAAGUUAGAAAUGGUGCGGUAUAAGUGCAGAUACAUUCUCUGCAAGGUGAUUUUUACUGGCAAUAGAAAGACAUGUAAAAUCAAUGAAAACGAUAUUUAUACUAAAGUUAAAAAUGAAAUCGGUGCAUUACAUGGUGACUAUGCUUUGGCUGCAUUGAGGAAUGUACCAAGUUUUGGAGUGCGAUACAUUGAUGGGAACACUGGUGUGGUACUGAUCAGAUGCCAGAGAGAUUUGUUAAAGAUUGUACAGUCUGCUAUCACAUAUGUUAAGAAGAUAAAUACAGAAGAGGCUUUCCUACAGACCAUACAUGUUGGAGGAACAAUAAGAUCGUGUCUGAAGUUUUUGAUCAGGUAUCACAGAUCUCGUCUACCACAACUUUUGAUGGAGUGUAAAACUGAAGAUGAAAAGAAAAAAGUUCAAGCAGCAAUAGUUGAAAGUUGCAAGACAAGUACAAGAGUAAUGUGUACUUGGGAGAGAAGAGAAAAAUCAGACACACCAAGAUAAAACACCAGUAAUGAAACAACAAUGAUAAACGCCAUUAUAAAACACUAGUGAUAAAACACCGGUGAUAAAACACACCAUGAUAAAACACUAAUGAUAAAACACUAGUGAUGAAUCACCAGUGAUGAAACACCAGUGAUAAACAUUAGUGAUAACACUUGUGAUGAAACACUAGUGAUGAAAUGUCACAAUAAAACGCCAGUGAUAAAAACCAGUGAUAACAGAAGUGAUGAAACACCAGUGAUGAAACACCAGGGAUGAAACGCCAGUGAUAAAGCACCCGCUAAAACAUGACAUUUACAAUGUCUUAAAAGAAAAAGACAGUUACAGACCAGUUGCAGGUGGUAAGGUGUAGUUGAGAGAUCAGUUAGGCUUAAAACUAAAACAAAACUUACAAGAUUCACUACUACAGUUAUUAAACAUUUUGAUUUCCAGCCAUGCAUUUAAUCAAUUAGAUGCUGUGAACUGAUUUUCUUUGAUAGGUUUAUAUUACAGUGAGUAUAGAUUCUAAAAUGUUUUUCAAUACUGAGCUGAUUGACUUUUUCUUAAACAAGGUUGUGAUUUGAAGUUCUGAUUUAAUUUAGCAUUUUUAGGAAAUAUUGUCCAGCCCAAAACUCUCAUGCAUCAAGAGAUUUUAACAAAAAAUGAUGAAAAUACCUGAAAUUACCCAAAAUCGCGUUUUUUCAUGUUUAAACAUUCCUGAAAUUACCCAAAAUCGCGUUUUUCCAUGUUUAAACAUGGCCUAACAUAUAAAUUGAAGAAAAAUUGUUGUUUUGUAGAAUUUUUUAUUUUUUUCAUUAACCAAUUACUUCAUGGGCAUUUUGUGAAAAAUGGCUGUUUUCAUUGAAAAGUCUCCCGUUACAAGUUCAAAUUGCUAUAAUACUAUAAAAACUGCUUUAAUACUAAUCAAACUUGGCACAAAUGUUGACUGGACCAUUGCCUUUGUAACAACAUGCUCAGGCUUAAAUUUCCUGUUACCAUGGCAACGAGGGGACAUCUCAAAAUUGCAAAGAAUAACCAUUUUUGCGUUGAUUUUUUCCAUCAAAAUCGAUUUCAAACUGCUACAACUUCUCAAUGGAUUGAGAUAGAGUCAAAUGCUUUUUAGCGUUGGUUACACGUUACCUUAUGAUCGAUCUGGGGUCAUUUUUAGCCUCUCACAAGUCCAAAAUUUUCCUGGGGUCACUUUUUUUAACAACAUUUCUCAAACGAAAACAUGUGUUUUGGGCCCAAACAGGACAUUUUUUCACU